AUGGACGGCCUCUUUCAAAGAACUCUUACUGGCGAGAAGGAUAAAGAGUAUCCGACGGAAGAACUGGAGUCAGAUGAUGAUGAGGAGGACUUGGAUGAGGAUCCUGAGUGCCCCGAAAUCAGGUUAACAAGGGAGGAUAAGAUUAGAAUGAGAAAACCAUGGCGACAAUCCCUCAUUGUGAAGGUACUAGGGAGAAAAGUUGGCUAUACGUACCUUGCAACACGCCUUAACGCCAUCUGGAGGCCGAAGGCAAAAAUGGAUGUGGUGGCGUUAGAUGACAUAUACCAUGUGGAAUGGAAGCCUAACUUGGAUCCUAGAUCUAAUAAAACAGAACAUGUCCUGGUGUGGGUAAGAUUUCCUGACCUCCCAAUGGAAUACUAUGACUACAUUUAUCUAAUGAAGCUGGGAAAAAGGAUUGGCGAGCCAAAAUACAUCGACGAGUCAACGAGUGUAGGGUCGAGAGGACGCUUUGCAAGAAUGUGUGUGGAAGUAUACAUUACAAAACAACUUCUCUCCAAGUUCACAGCAAAGUUGAAGGUCAGAAAGAUAGAAUACGAGGGGAUCUACCAAGUGUGUUUCCACUGCGGCAUCUAUGGCCACGCAGCAAAAAAAUGUAGUACACGCCGGGCGGAGGAGGACACAGGCGGAGCUUCGGGAGAGACUGGACGGGAGCAGAAUAAGGAAACUGAUACUCCUUUGGUAUUUAGGCCGAAAAUCGUGGAGAGAUAUAGCGCAUGGAUGCUUGCACCCAAAAGGCAAUACCGGAAAAAUCAAGGGAAUAAUGGAAGGAAUAAUUCAAACAAGGGAUAG